CUCCGCCUUCCCCAGUUCAGACCCUCCGAUUCCUCCUGGGGGGCCGGGAGCCUCCGCGUCCUUCUCGCCUCUCUUUGGGGGCGCUUGUGGGGCGGCAUCCAUGGCUUUGGCUGGGCUCCCCCUGGUGCUGCUGGUGGGGGCGCUGGGCUGGAUCCACGGAAGAGAAGGGGGGAAGGAGACCCCCGUCCAUUUCCUGUACCAGGAGAAGUCCGAGUGCCGCUUCCUCAACGGGACGCAGCGGGUGCGGUUCCUGGAUCUGUACUUCUACGACCGGCAGGAGAUUCUGCGCUUCGACAGCGACCUCGGAAGAUACGUGGCCGUCACGGCGUUGGGGGAGGCGCAGGCGGACUAUUGGAACAGCGAUAAGCACUGGAUGCAGGAAGAGAAAGCCGCUGUGGAUUUCUUCUGCCGACGCAACUACGGGGUGUUCAACUACGAGGCGGCCAAGAGGGAGGAGCGAAUGAUCCGCCGGAGAA